CAACAUCCCACAGAAAGACAUAUCCCCCAACAUGCCUACUUACAAUAUCGUCGUCUUCGGAGGUGAUCACUGUGGUCCGGAAGUCACAGCAGAAGCAUUGAAGAUCCUGGAUGUCGUAGACAAGAGCAACGCCGAUGUUCACUUCAACAUCGAGCAACACGCACUCGGAGGCGCUUCGAUUGAUGCACAUGGCGAGCCACUGACAGAUGCAGCUCUGGCGGCAGCCAAAGCUGCUGAUGCCGUGAUUCUCGGUGCCAUCGGAGGGCCAAAGUGGGGGACUGGCAAAGUUCGUCCAGAGCAGGGCAUCCUGAAACUCCGCAAGGAGAUGGGUACUUAUGGAAACCUUCGCCCGUGCUUCUUCGCAUCGGAAAGCUUGGUGAAGUCUUCGCCAUUGAAGGAAGAAGUCUGCCGAGGCGUGAAUUUCAACAUUGUCCGCGAGCUCACUGGCGGCAUUUACUUUGGCGAGCGAACUGAAGACGAUGGCUCUGGCUAUGCCAUGGACACCGAGCCCUAUUCACGCGCCGAGAUUGAGCGUGUCACCAGACUGGCUGCUCACCUCGCACUUGCAGAAGAUCCACCUGUCCCGGUCUGGUCUCUCGACAAGGCCAAUGUCCUCGCCACGAGCCGAUUGUGGCGCAAGACCGUGACGGAAGUCAUGGAUAAGGAGUUUCCCCAGCUCAAGUACGGCCAUCAUCUCAUCGAUUCUGCAGCGAUGCUCAUGGUCAAGAAUCCGCGCGCCCUCAACGGCAUCAUUGUCACCAGCAACCUGUUUGGCGACAUCAUCAGUGAUGAGGCAUCCGUCAUUCCCGGCUCCUUGGGUCUGCUCCCCAGCGCGAGCUUGACAGCUUCGCCCGAUGGAAAAAGCAAAUGUAACGGCAUCUACGAGCCCAUUCACGGCUCUGCACCAGAUAUCAGCGGCCAGGGCAUUGUCAACCCUGUUGCGAUGAUCCUGUCACUCGGCAUGAUGUUCAAGUACUCCUUGCAACAGCCCGAGCUCUCCAAGAAGAUUGACGAGGCAGUUCGCAACGUCAUCGAGAAUGGCAUCAAGACCAAAGACAUUGGCGGCUCUGCCAAGACUGCGGAAGUGGGUGAUGCUGUGGCGAAGGAGCUUGCCUCUCUCCUGAAGUAAGGCCUCCUGAAGUAAGGUGAUAGUAGGAUGUCUGUCUCGGUAUCUAUCCAAACCACGACCUGGAAGUUAUAUAUACUGUACCGGAAAGAC